GUUAUACUUGUUUGCCAGCAAGUAUAAGAGCGACCUGGGGUGUGCUGGGUUUGUGUGGUUCUUACAAGCCGGGUGCGCAAGGCUGAGGAGUACUUAGACACAGCAAGCAUAUCUAGGAGAAGGUUUCAUUUCGGAGAUAGCUGUCAUUGAGGGUUUCGAUUAACUAGAGAUGAUGAUGGGCCACGCCACGCUGUGGGCAGUGGUGCUUGCUACCACGUGUCUCAUAACUGCCACAGACAGCCAGCUGACAGGAUGUGUGGGUGAUGUCGUUUUAGUUGUGGACACGUCAGCAAGUGUUGGCGCCCAAAACUUCAACAACAUGAAGAACGGCAUUGAACUUUUCAUCAACGACAGCUUCACAAACUAUCCAAAUGUUCGAGUUGGCUACGUCAUGUAUGGCACAUCGGUAACACAGUCAGUAGGUCUCAAUGGUCAAGCUAACCAGGCGAGUUUACUCAACCAACUACGCAGCGCCACAUACCCUGUAAAUGCUCAGGAGAACACACACCUUGGCAUCAACCAGGCCGCAAGCAUCCUGAACACCCAAGCUCGAAGUGGGUCACCAAAGAUCAUGAUUGUCAUAACAGACAGUCUCUCUGACAAUCAGGCAGCCACCAUCACUGCUGCCAACAAUGCAAGGGCCGCAGGCAUCACUAUAUAUGUUAUUGGAAUAGAAGCCUCUGUGACCGGCAGUGCCAGUUUGCUUGAUAAUUUCCGCCAGGAGCUCCAACAGAUUGCCUCAGCUCCAAGCAUUGUAACCCGGAUUUCUGACUACAGUCUUCUUACAAAUUCGCUGGGAAACUUGCCAAACGCCAUAUGCGCAGUUCAAAUCAUCAGCAACAUGGUAAGCCAGACAGUGUUCACAAGUCAAACCAUCAUCCUCUCAGUGUCCUUGAAUCAGAACGGCAUCACCGGUGGAGUCUGGGCGAAAAAUGGAGGGGCUCUCCCCAAUGACGGCCGCAUUUCUGUUUCCGUGGAUAACCAGUUUCAGCGUCUAACAAUUGUCAAUGCCCAACAGAGCGACGCAGCAACAUACUCUUUCGCCAUUGCUGGACAGUCGAGGUCUGCAACUGUCAGUGUUACAGCUGGAAUCAUCCAAUGGACCGUACGUCAGACCAGGACUAUUGGUAGUACUGUAACCCUUACGGUGAAUUUAUUAAACGGCAAUUGUAACCAAGGAACAUGGACACAGAAUUUCGUUACAUUUGCCCUCGGAGGAAGGAGAAGCUACAGCACAAGCAAUAACUGCCGUACACACACCCUGACUAUCACCAACGUCCAACUAUCUGACCAGGGAACAUACCGAUUCACCUAUAAUACACAACAGGUUUCGUCUGAGCUCACUGUUUCAACGAGUUCUGCACCGGUCAAUGGUGGAUUCAACGAGUGGACAGCAUGGAGCCAGCCCCAAUGCAGUGUAACAUGCGGCACUGGAGCUACAAAAACUGUCUUCAGAUCUAGGACAUGUGACAACCCUGAACCACUGAAUGGUGGAGCUAACUGCACUGGUCAGUUCACAGAGUCAGCGCUGACCAACUGUGGCUUGGUUGGAUGUCCAGUAAAUGGUGGCGUGACGCAGUGGACAACUUGGAACUCGGCAUCAGUGACGUGCCCUCAGACUUGUGGAACAACAUCACAGAAAAUUACAGAGAGGCGCCGUACUUGUACCAACCCUACACCUGUGAACGGAGGAACAUUUUGUAGCGAGACGCUGCUGGAAACACGAACCGAGUCUUGCGGAUUAACAAACGCCUGUCCAACUGUUGUCAAUGGCGGUGUGUCUGAGUGGGGCGUUUGGACCAACCCAACUUGUAGUGUGACCUGUGGCACCUCUGCCACCAAAGUGAUCCAGAGGUUCAGGACCUGCACCAACCCACCUCCUUCACCUGGAGGUGCUAACUGUGUCGAAAACUUGGUGGAGAGUGCGGAGGUCAACUGUGCUUUGACUGGUUGUCCAGUUAACGGAGGACUUUCCCAGUGGGGCGAAUGGAACAGUGCCACAGCGCCUUGCCCGUUUACGUGUGGCUUUACCGCCACUAAAAUAGUCAACAGAUUCCGUCAGUGUAACAACCCCAUCCCCGUCUUUGGUGGCCUGACUUGUCCGGAAAGCCUCAUUGAGAGCAAGACCGUCACCUGUGGACUCCAAAACUGUGCAACUGCAGUGAAUGGUGGAGUUGGACAAUGGGCAUCAUGGAACACAGCAUCGGUGGCCUGCCCAGUCACUUGCGGGGUCUCUGCAGUGAAGACGAUCACCAGAACAAGACAAUGCAAUAAUCCUCCUCCAAGCAAUGGUGGCAGACAAUGUCUGGAGAAUUUGUCUGAGAGCACUCAAGUAAACUGUGGCCUUAUCGGGUGCCCAGUCGAUGGCGGAGUCUCUCAGUGGGAGUCCUGGAAUACCAACAGUGUGCAGUGCCCAGUUACAUGUGGUGUGACUGCGACUAAGACUAUUGAACGUAUAAGACGGUGUAACAACCCUCCUCCCUCUAAUGGUGGCGCAUCCUGCACACAGGGCCUUGUACAGACGUCCACGGUAUCCUGUAAUACACCAGCAUGUGCAGUUGUUGUAAACGGCGGAGUAUCUCUGUGGGGAGCCUGGAGCGAUACAGCCUGUUCUGUCACAUGCGGAGAAGCUACUAAAGUCAUCAGAAGAACAAGAACGUGUACUAAUCCACUUCCAUCAAACGGAGGACAGUUUUGUGUGGAAAAUCUUUCUCAAUCAGCACAAGUUUCCUGUGGUCUAGUCGGAUGUCCAGUGAAUGGAGGGGUAGGCCAGUGGGGUCAGUGGAGCUCGGCGACCUGCACCGUUUCGUGUGGGUCUACGGCCACCUACCAGGCUACAAGAACAAGGCCAUGCAACAACCCCAUCCCAGCAAAUGGAGGAAGCUUUUGUACCCAACCUAUUUCUGAAACCACCUUCCUAUCAUGUGGCCUUCCUGCUUGUCCAGUUGCUGUCGAUGGAGGUGUAUCGCAAUGGAGCCAGUUUUCUAACCCAAGCUGUUCUGUGACAUGUGGAUCUACUGCUACCAAGUUUAUAACCAGAAACAGACUGUGUAACAACCCACCACCCAGCAACGGGGGCAGAGAUUGCUUAACAAUAGGCCUCCCACUCACCCAAACUAAUGAAGUUAACUGUGGACUCGUUGACUGUCCAGUGGCUGGUGGUGUGUCUCAGUGGGGACAGUGGUCGAUCCCUGCCUGUACCGUCACCUGUGGUGUGUCAGCUGUCAGAGUAAUCACCAGAACCAGAACCUGUACCAACCCACCACCGAGCAAUGGCGGAGCCUUCUGUACCGAGUCCUUAAGCAAUACAGCAUUGCGAAGUUGUGGCCUUGGAGCUUGUCCCGUGCCAGUGAAUGGAGGACUCUCUCAGUGGACACAGUGGAGUAUUGUGCCUUGUACCCGAACAUGCGGGUCAUUCAACACACUGGCCACACGUGUACGGCAAUGUAACAGUCCCGCUCCAAGUAAUGGCGGAGCGGAUUGUGUAGGAGACACAUUCCAGACACAAACUAGGUCUUGUGGACUGCCAAUUUGCCCAGUUGAUGGUGGGUUGACCCAGUGGACUCAGUGGUCAGGUCUAACGUGUACAAGAACGUGUGGAGUUUCCGAAACUGGAACUGUAGUCAGAAGCAGGUCCUGCACCAACCCAGCCCCUCAGAAUGGCGGAAACAACUGUACCGGAUCAACGUUUGAAGCACAAAACAGGAAUUGUGGAUUUUCGGCGUGUCCAAUUAACGGAGGCUUGACACAGUGGACUCAAUGGAACGUUCCAAAUUGUCCACAAACCUGUGGUUCAACUGCAACCCUCACUGCAACAAGAACAAGAUCAUGUUCAAACCCUGUCCCUCAAUUCGGUGGUAGAGACUGCACAGGUCUAGGGAACGUGUUCGAGAACCAAGUCAGGAGCUGUGGAUUAUCGGCCUGUCCAACGGAUGGCGGAUUAUCUUUCUGGACACAAUGGAGCAUCCCAUCUUGCUCUGUCACCUGUGGAACGACAGCUUCCCGAGUUGUUACUCGAACAAGGAGCUGCACCAAUCCUCCCCCUAGUGAUGGGGGUAGAGACUGUACUGGUCUCGGAGCCACAUUUGACAGCGAAACGAGAAACUGUGGUCUAAGCCCAUGUCCAAUUAACGGAGGCUUGACACAGUGGUCUCAAUGGAACGUUCCAAAUUGUCCACGAACCUGUGGUUCAACUGCAACCCUCACUGCAACGAGAACACGAUCAUGUACAAAUCCUGUCCCUCAGUCCGGUGGUAGAGAUUGUACAGGUCUAGGGAACGUGUUCGAGAACCAAGUCAGGAACUGUGGAUUAUCGGCCUGUCCAACGGAUGGCGGAUUAUCACUGUGGACACAAUGGAGCGUACCAUCUUGCUCUGUCACCUGUGGAACGACAGCUUCCCGAGUUGUUACUCGAACAAGGAGCUGCACCAACCCUCCCCCUAGUGAUGGGGGUAGAGACUGUACUGGUCUCGGAGCCACAUUUGACAGCGAAACGAGAAACUGUGGUCUAAGCCCAUGUCCAAUUAACGGAGGAUUGACACAGUGGGCUCAAUGGAACGUUCCAAAUUGUCCACAAACCUGUGGUUCAACUGCAACCCGCACUGUAACGAGAACACGAUCAUGUACAAACCCUGUCCCUCAGUUCGGUGGUAGAGACUGCACAGGUCUAGGGACCGUGUUCGAGAACCAAGUCAGGAACUGUGGAUUGUCGUCCUGCCCAACGGAUGGCGGAUUAUCCCUGUGGACACAAUGGAGCGUCCCAUCUUGUUCUGUUACCUGUGGAGUGACUGCUACCCGUGUUGUUACUCGAACCAGGAGCUGCACCAACCCUCCCCCUAGUGAUGGGGGUAGAGACUGUACUGGUCUCGGAGUCACAUUUGACAGCGAAACGAGAAACUGCAAUUUCAGUCCCUGUCCAAUCGAUGGUGGCGUCACGCCAUGGUCACAGUGGACGCUGUCAACGUGCUCUGCAACGUGUGGCGGGGACGCCAACCGUGUGGCGACACGUUUCCGCACCUGCACUGAUCCUCGUCCCAGUGACGGUGGUAAAGACUGCACGGAAGUCCUGUCAGAAACAACGUCUAGAACGUGCGGAUUUGGUCCAUGUCCAAUUGAUGGUGGAGUGACACAAUGGGCACAGUGGAGCGACCCCGGCUGUUCUGUUACUUGUGGAACCUCUGCAACUAAGACAUUGACAAGAACGAGAACUUGUACAAAUCCUACUCCACAGUUCGGGGGAAGGGUUUGUACAGAGCUCCUUAGUGAAAACACCGUACGAAAUUGUGGUCUUCAGUCCUGCGCAGUGAAUGGUGGCAUAUCCCAGUGGACAUCGUGGGUCGUGCCUCAGUGCUUCUUGACCUGUGGAACCACCAUCACUGUAACCGCUACGAGACAACGAUUCUGCAACAACCCACCACCACGUAACGGAGGCUUUAACUGCACAGAAUCGCGUGUCGACAGCCAAGUACGCAGCUGCGGUCUUUCAACUUGUCCAAAUGAUGGCGGAAUCAGUCAAUGGACACAGUGGUCACUGACACCUUGCGGCGUCACAUGUGGAAUCAACGUGCAGAGAACAGCCUCAAGACAAAGAUUCUGUAACAACCCAUUCCCUUCGUUUGGUGGUCGAAAUUGUUCUGAGAGUCGUUUUCAGAGUGAAACCCGCAACUGUGGCUUGAACCCAUGUCCUAUCGAUGGUGGCGUUAGUCAAUGGACGAGCUGGACUGUCCCGCCCUGUGGCGUGACGUGUGGCUCCGCUGCCACGACGACCAUCACAAGAGUGCGAUUCUGUAACAACCCAUUCCCCCAAAACGGCGGCAGAAAUUGUACCCAGUCUCGUACAGAAUCUUUAGUCAGAAACUGCGGUCUUCCAACUUGUGCAGUUGAUGGUGGUUUCAACCAAUGGAGCCAGUGGAGCCUUGGAGUGUGUCCUGCUACUUGUGGAGCCGGUUUCACGCGAAGCGCCACACGAGUCAGAUUCUGCAACAGCCCGACACCUAGCGACGGAGGACGAAACUGCACUGGAGCCUUUACAGAAACGACAACUCGCAGCUGUUUUCUCACGCCCUGUCCAAUUGAUGGAGGUCUCACCCAAUGGAGUCAGUGGUCAGUUCCCACUUGCCCUUUUACAUGCGGUGCAAGUAUCACUCGCACAGCAUCAAGAACAAGGAGCUGCACGAACCCUAUACCACAGAAUGGCGGUCGAAAUUGCACCGGCAAUCGAUUUGAGACUGAAACCAGAUCAUGCAAUCUCCCCUCCUGUCCAGUUGAUGGUGACGUGACGGAAUGGAUUCAAUGGACGGGAGCAGCCUGUGUAUUAACUUGUGGAACCUCGGCCACGCGUCAGGUUACCAGAACAAGGACAUGCACGAACCCACGUCCAACUAAUGGAGGUCAAGGAUGUUCAGAGAUUCUGUUCCAGAGCACAACUCGCAGUUGCGGUCAUCCUGAGUGUCCAGUUGACGGUGGCUUGUCCCAAUGGACUCAGUGGAACGAUCCUCCAUGUGCCGUUACCUGUGGACCCUCUGCCUCCAAAGUCGUCAGUCGUACCCGUCUCUGCAAUAGCCCAGUCCCUUCUAACGGAGGUCGCCCUUGUACAGGACUCCUAGUCGAGACCGAAUCUAGAACAUGUGGUCUUGGAAAUUGCCCUGUCAAUGGUGGAUUAUCGUUGUGGACACAGUGGUCAGACCCUCCAUGCCCUACCACGUGCGGUGCCAGUGCAAGGAAGACCGUCUCUAGAAGCAGAACCUGCACCAACCCUCGGCCUCAGUUCGGUGGCCAAGAUUGUCCGGAACCGAUCACGGAGACAACGACUCGACUCUGUGGGAACAGUGCUUGUCCAGUUGAUGGUGGCCUUACUGCAUGGACUGAAUGGAGCAACCCGCCAUGUUCCGUCACCUGUGGCACCGCCGCCACCAAACGGGUACAGAGAACCAGAUCCUGUUCCAAUCCAGCUCCCCGAAACAACGGAACGCAAUGCGUUGGUGACCUCACUGAACAAGCCAUCCGACCAUGCAACUUGGGACAGUGCCCCGUUGUUAUUUUAGGGUUAUGUCGCACUGCGCAGCAGAUCAACGGCGUUGGCUACCGUUACCACCCCACAGACUGUGACAAGUACCUCCAAUGCUACUACAACCCCAAUGGCUACGUCGUCGGUGUAUAUCGGUCAUGUCCUUUUGGAUACUACUGGGACCAGAGGACUCUCAGAUGUGACUUCCCCUGGAGAGUGAACUGCCCACUCGAGAAGUGCAACGGGUCCUGCGUCGCCAACUACAACAUGGAAGGAAGCUGUCGCGCCCACUGGGUUUGUGAGAAGGGUCUGUCAAGAGGAGAUUGUUGUCCUAUGGGAUUCAGAUACGUCGUCGGACAAGGAUGCAGACCAGACUUCUAUUGUAGGGAUCUCUGCCCAACACCCUGUGCAAGCAGAGAUGUAUGCGACAAGAGACCAGACUGGGGGAACAAUCCCAUGUCCUACAACAUCUCCGUCGGUCUCCUUGGAUGGAUGCGAGCAUCGUGCGUACAGGGAACAUACUUCGAUCUCAUGGACUGUGGAUGUGGUAUCCCAAUGAAUGCUUCUUGCACACCUGACUACAGUCUGGACUUCAACAACGAUAAUGCCUUGACCACUGCCCGGCAGUCAUGGCUGACCACACAGGGCGUCAGCAUCUUGAACGGUUAUGGUCUGUUCGAUGGUACCGGUCACAUGUUCUUCAACAUCUCCCAGAAGGCUCCUGCCGUGGAUUGUCCAUUGAUUGUCCGCUUCCGGUUCAGUGAAAGUCAGACCGUUACCGGACGUCGCAUUCUCGUGUCCACUAGUGAUUGUUACAAGAGCAACACCCUGGUUAUUGCUAUUGACCAAAACUCUGUCAUCUUUGAGAUGACAUCUGUCUAUGGUCAACUUAUCAACAUGCCUGUGUCUCUCGCCGGUUUCAGCAACUUUGAGUGGAAGACUGUCACGAUGGUGUAUGAUGGCAAGAUGAUUACUGGAGUUGUGGAGUCAGCAAACCUGAAAUACAUGCAGCAACAGUUUGCCCCAGAGAUGAGUAUCAUGCAGUGUGGCAUGAGAUUCGGUUCGGACGGCAGUAUGAGUGCAGCAGAGAGAUUUAUUGGAAAUCUAGAUUCGAUGUCGGUAUACCGCUGUAACCCUGGCAACCUGUUUUAAGAGUUCCGUGCAAACGAGCAAUCGAUAUUCAUUUCCAUCCUUGUGUCAACAAAGUCUUUGAGGAAGACAAUGACUUCAAAAUGUUACCAUUUCAUUUGCUCAAAGUGUAUAUUUUCCAGAAAUGAUUGUACAUUGUAAUUAUACAUCAGAAACAUACUUUUACCAUGUUUAGAUGUGAUCAGUGGAUACCAUUAAUGUACAUUUGUAAAGCAUUCGCGUGUAAAUACGCGCCAUGAGUUAUGUGAGAUAUUUCUCUCGAGAAAUCUAUCAAUCAAUCAAUGAUUGUGAAAACAGUAGUUGUAGAUAAAAUUAUAGAUCGCGUCUGAAAUAAUACUCUUUCAUGUUAACGAGGUUGUAUAUACACAAAUUAAAUGCUUAUAACUCUAUACGAGGCUUCAAACGCUAUAUGUGUUUUAAAGAUCUCAUAUUUGAAGCAACGAUUAAACGGCUCACUCACGAGUUCAAGACUCGUCGACUUAUUGGGGAAGUCAAAAUUAUUUUUACUGCUGAUUUUGAACUUCCUCUCGUAGCUCUUUCGCUUUUUUCGAGAUUGAAGAGAAAUGACUCUUUUGCUAUUUGUUACAGCAAAUGUACAAUUUGCUGUGCGUGUCUUGAUGAUUGGGCCCGUGAAUUAUUCGAUGUAAGACAAAGUUGCAUUUAUUCAACAUUGCAAUUUAAAAGAUAUUUUGUAUACGUUACUAAUGAGAUGCACAUAUAAUCAAAAUAUACAUUAUUUACAAAAUGUUAUGUUAUAUUCAUAAUGUUCAAUAGAUUCUAUUUUACACACAGGAUUGAUAGACGUUAUAUAGCAUCCAAACCUCGUUGAGCAGUAUCGUGGUCAUUCUGCGAAUGUAUGAAGCUAUACGCAAAGAACGAAAUAAAUAUAUUUUUUCACUGUUUUAAUAA